ACGUACCUCCCCUCUCUCGUCACUCCUACUCGAACACUCGAACGAAAAUCCCAAUCCGUACGUCAUAUGACGUCAUACCCCGUGUUACCUUUACCUUUACCUCCUUCCUGUCCGUCUCCAUAUACCUGUGAACCUGCUAUGGAGAAUAAAAUAAACAACAUCAUCUUGAAACGAAAAGCCUGAAUGAUAAGAAAAGUGUUUUAAGCUAAAACUUUUAAUUAAUUAAGUUAUAUAACGAACUAAUUAUUAUCGUUUUGUUAUCGAGUAUAUGUUUUUCUUCCUUUUUGAUUAAUUUUAACGGUACAUCGUUUCGUUGAACUAUAUCAGUGUUCAAUAUCUCCAAUGGAACUUGAAGACGAAGGCCCAAAAGGCACCCCGGAUAGAAUACCAUGUCAAUUCUGUAGCCGUAAAUUUGUUCCCGAAAGUCUGGCGAAGCAUUCAAAAGUCUGUGAGAAAACGUUGCACAAGAAACGGAAAACUUUUGAUUCAGCCAAACAACGUAUUCAAGGAACAGAAUUGGCUGAAUAUUUACCGGUCAUGGUUCCGAAGAAAGAAACCAUAACUAGCUCUCACAGCCGAGAAAGAUUAGCACCUUUGAUGAAACACGUUGAUACUCCUCAUCAUGUUCCUUCUCGUAAAAUAAAUAAAGUCACUAGUCCAGUAUCAAAAUCAUCGAAUCAUGAAAAAUGUCCUUACUGUGAUAGAAGCUUUGGGCCGAAAGCUUUCGAUCGUCAUAUCGAGUGGUGCAAAGAACAAAGUAUUAGAAUCAAUUCGAAGUCAACAGCUACUCAAGAAGCUAAAGAAAGACUGGAGGCGAGAACUAAAUAUCGAGCCCCUUCCUUUAGAUCCAGAAGAAGCAUAACACGUGAGAAGUAUUCUCCGAAAGUGAGUGUUCAAGAAAAUCACAACUUCUUUCACAAUAGAAAUGAAAUGAGGAAGGAUCGAGAUGACGGAUUUGCUAAACCAUUUGAACCUGAACCGAAGCCCAAAAUUUUAGAAAUUAAAAAAUCAAAAGAACCCAAGGAAACGAAUUUUAUCCGUCAAAAUGUUCUCAGGUGUAGUUAUAAGGGAAAAGCACCCAAAAAACCUGAAACAAAAAUAGAAAAAGACAAUUUAAAUGGUAAUUAUCAAAAUAAAAAAUCAGAUUAUAAUGCAAUUCAAAAUUGGAUAUCGGCGAAUGGAACGAAGAUAAAACCAGCGGCUCCAACACCUAAAACAUCUUCAAAUGAUAUGGAUAAACCAUUAAAUAAUACGAUGUACGAUAAUUAUAACCCAUAUAUCUUGGCGGAGCACCAAAUGAAAGAAUUAUUAAAAGACGUUAACGCUAAUGUAGAAACACAGCCAUUAAACCAAACGUUUACUAUCGCUAAAUUAGACACCUCGAACUCGCCAUUGCCGAUGAAAGAAGAAAGAUGGAAUCAUUUCAAUAAUAAAGAAAAUAUCUCAUCGUAUAAUGGCCCUGUUAAAACGAUAUCUUGCCAAACAGAUGCUUCUGAAAAACACUUCAAAACUUCGCCAACAUCAGCAUUCAGUAAAUAUACAAAUGGUAGCAUGGAAUUACUGAACCGAACACCGACACCUAUACCGUCUUUCAAUUAUGAUAAAAUUGAAGAUCAAACGUACGUGUUGCCUCCUAUAACUACGAAACACGAAAUACCAGUGCAAGCGAAUCAUGAUACGAAUAUGAAUCGUUAUCCUUUGAUAAGUUUAAGCAAUCUAAGUUUGUGUUCUUCGGUUAGUAUUGAUAUUCCAGAUGAGAGAAACAAGAUGUGUAAAAGUGCCGAUAAACCACGUAUUGAAAACGAAGUUCCAGUUUUGCAAAGAUCAGUAUCCGCAUGUAAUGCCGAUAAAACUGGUAAAAACGCAGUGAAGAAGAACCUAAAAAUGGAACAUUUACUAUAUGGUAAUAAAGAAUCAAAAGAUCCAAAUGCUACUUACACAUCAAACACAACGUAUCCGAGUAAAUACGAUGAAAAACUGGAAAAACUUAAUCACUUGCUGGAUGGUGAAAAUUUCGAUUUACUUAAUUCGUUUACUGAAUUUGAAAACGUUCUGAAUAAUACAAUUUUUGACGAUACGUUUACCGUGAAUUCCGAUUCGGCGGAAAAAAAGAAUCUCAAAUUAGAACGAGGAGAUUCGAUGGUCAGUAAGACGAGUAUUGAUUCAGCUUACAAUAGCUUGAAUCGUAAAUCGCCUGCUCUUUCGGAAUCUCAUAAAUAUUUCGGUAAAACAUCGACGCCGGAGACAGAUACUCUGAAAUCUUCCACUCUAUCUCUUACAUCGGAUUUUCAAGAAGCCAGUUCGCAACAGAGUCAAAAAUUAUCAAAAUUUUGUCACGAAUGUGGUGCCAAGUACCCUUUGGACAUUGCCAAAUUCUGUUGCGAAUGCGGUGUGCGUAGAUUGGUCUUGUAGUUAUUCCUCACCCUGAGAAUUGUAUCCUCCGGAGACCCUUUUCUUAACCAAAUUAGUCAUUUAUUUACGUACUUUGUUAGUUACUAACAGUAAAAUGUAAGUGGUAUUUCCCGUAUGACAGUUUACUGAUUAACAUUUGUUAUGGUUUUGAAUGAAAUAAUGCGAGCUUAUUUGAAUUGAAAUGAUAGGAAAAUCUUUUUCUGAUGAUUGAACUGAGAAUAAGUAGAUAGAAUUAUUGAUGUUUUGAAAACUAAAAUAAUUCUAAAUAUUGACGUAAAAGCCUAUUUAUUAACGUUUAAUUUUUUUCCUUUUUUUUUACGUCAGUGUUUUUAAUAAUUGAGAUUUUUUGAUUUUGGUGAUUUUUUUCCAUAUUAUUUCGUAAAUCAUGAAACUGUACUGUGAUUGAACGAACGAAACAGGGUAUUGUUAUAUUUAUUUAGGUAUUUUCACUUCGGUACAUUAUGUACUCAUUUUUAGUAGACUUGUAGUGAUUUCCUCACGUUAGUACAUUCCAGGAAUCGGCAAAAGUGAUCAGCAAUUUUUUUAUUGAAAAUUUUUCACUUUUUCACUUAUCAGUAUAUGUACUUAUUUAGUCGAACACUCAGAAACAGACUGCUUUAGUAUUUCCUUUAUUCUUCUUUUUUUCUACUUUGUGUACUUUUAUACGUUUUCGAAAUGUUCUACGCUCAAUUACCUUCUAUUGCUAAUUUAUUUCGCUGUAUACGUAAUUUAAAAAUUUUAUCAUGGAGUUGAAGUACUGUAAAGUACCUAGUGAAUGUUUUAAUCAUUGACGAAACUAUCGUUGCGAGUAACGUUAGAUUAAUUCCUAAUCGGAUGUUUUAUUUAAAGUCAUUUUUUUUCUUUUUUUGUUAAAUUUUAUUAAUACAAAUUUCAUAACAUG